CGACAAAGGCGGAAAUCCGAUCAGUAAUAUAGGUCUCAUGCAGAAAGAAACCGAGUUGUCGAAAGCCGUCGGUGGGUGGGACAGAGCGAGCGCGAUAUGAACUUUUCAGCUACAUGGACUUGCGAGAAGUGCAGCACAUAUUCCGUCUCUCGCAUCCUCCCUCUCACGGCACUUGUUUGGCCUCUCUCACAGAGGUCUGACUAUCCCGAUAUCUCGAGCGAAACGGUAAGCGGAAAUAAACAUACAUGUUGGGGUUGUGGUUCCCCAACGAACUACCUUCCAAGAUUUCCGCCCGCUUGACCAAAGGUGUCUGUUGACCCUGCUCCUCCUUGUAGAUCACUCCCACGAAGCGUCGUUAACGACCUUUUCCGAAAAAGAGCCUUCGCCCGUUCUCUGGGGCGCAUCCCUUCCCCCCGGCGCAACGUCCUCCAGCCACCACCACCCCACAUUACCAAAAUCACACAAAAUGUCUUUCCACGCGGAAGAACAAUCCAACGAACUCGAAGCCCUCCUCUCCAUCUUCCCCGACGAGUUCUCCCUCCUAGACGCCGGCCCACCCGCCCAUUUCCACAUCCACAUCCAACCCGACGUCGAAAGCCUCAUCCCGCCCUCGGACGACCAUGACGCCACAACACCCCGCGAAGCCGUCGAAUUCUUCCUCGACAUCACCUACACCGACACCUACCCCGACACGAUCCCGUUGCUGGAGCUGACGGAGGUCGCCGGGUUCGACGCGGGGGAGUGUGGGCAGAUCGUCUCGGAGCUGACGACGAUGGCGGAGGAGAGUGUGGGGAUGGCGAUGGGGUUCACGUUGGCGGCCGGCGCGAAGGAGAUUGCGGAGCGGGUGGUGAGUGAGCGGAUCGCGGCGCAGGAGGCCGAGGCUGCCGCCCGGGCCGCGGCGGAGGAGGAGGCGGAGCGGAUCCGGCAUGCAGGCACGCGGGUGACACCCGCCUCGUUCGAUCAAUGGAAAGCGGAGUUUUUGGCAGAGAUCUCCCACCUGCUCAAGACGAAGGGGGAGGAGGCGCUCUCGCCUGCGCAGAAAGCUGCGGCGGCCGUCGCGGGGUUGUUGGACUCCAUAAAGGGCAAAUCGGGCAAGUUGACGGGGCGGCAGUUGUUUGAGAAGGAUAGGACCCUGGCGAGCUCUGAUAUGGCGUAUAUUGAGGACGGCGAUGUGACGGUUGAUGCGGAGUUGUUUGAGGGGAUGGAGGAUCUGGAUGUGGGGGAUGAUGAGGAGGAUGAGGAGGAGAAUUCGGUUUUGGCCGGAAUUAGGAGUAGUAGAGAUGACUGAGGAAUUAGCGACGACA